GCAGAAUUCCACCCAAAGGACCUUCUGACGCUCCUCGCUCAUGUCCGUUCAGCACGGCCCCUCCCAUUCCACCAGGUAUAUAAAUCUCGCCCCCCUCACAUCCCAUUUCUCUUCCCCGUCUCUCUCUCGUUUUCGUCUCUUCUCCCCUACCGCUGCCACUGCCCUUCUCUCACCCCUUUAACCUCGCCCCGCGCCUUACAAAGGCUGUUCUCGCCCGUACUCUUCAUAUUCAGUCGGCGACUCCUAUAUAAGAUACCACCCAACCCCAUAGCACCCCCUAUAAUGGCUUCUCCCGCCACCUCAACGGCUUCUCUUCCGAGGCAACCCGGCCCUCGCGCCAUCCCCAUCAUGGAUCCGGCUGAUGCUCCCCAGAUGUCUUCGCCUACCAAAAGGGCUUACCAGGCCAUGGAAACACCUACCACCGGUCCCUCUUACCCUCCCAGCUCAGAGACCACCUCCAAGGCCUUCUCACCCGACAUCUCUAAGCUCAAAAUCGAGAUGACCGAGGAUGACGGACCUUCCCCCUUCUGGGGUAUGGGAGGGGCAACGAUGGGCACACUGAACAAGAGGCAGGACGGAUGGGCAUAUCAAACUCCCCGGCGCUUCAGCAUUCCCCGCUCUUCUUCCCCCACUCCAGGGCUGACCACCACCCCUUACACCCCUCAGACCCGGUACAGUGCCCGCUCUGCUGACAUCGGCACUCCAGUCACCCCCCACACUCCCGACUACCCAAACUUCGACUAUCGCCGUCACUCUGAAACCAGCGACGCCAUGCACCGCGCUACACAGAAGCCGUUCAACAAGCCUGUGGAGGAAGAGUACACAGCUCAGACCCUUGGACGGUAUCUACUUAUUACCAACGUGCCCAUGGACGUUCGCAAUGAUGACUUUCGGGAUAUGAUCCAGGACAUUGCCGAGUUCAAAGCUCUCAUUGUGAAACACCUUCAGACCAAGGGCUGUGUCAUUGUCGCUUUCCACGACCCUCGAGAGAACCUCAAGGUCUUUCAACGCCUCCGGGCCGGCCCCAUCAACAUCGGAUCGGCUUAUCCUUCUCUCAAUCUUUCGUGUAUGCCGGUCACCAAAGACCUCGUCGAGUCUGUUACCGGCCAUGGUCCAGCUUGGGAAGAGGUCUGGAAGACAUCUGAGGCUGUCGUCAGGAUCGAUAUCGACGGAGGCAACCCUGUGAAUCCCGAUGCUAUGCACAGAGUGGUGUGUGCCAUCGCGCCUUACCAGAGUAUCGAGCCUAUUGGCUACGACUGUCGCUCUUAUGUUGUCGACUUUUUCGACACUCGUGAUGCCGCUACUUGUAUCCGCACUCUCGAUGGUCACGUAUCUGGGCAGGCCUACGUUAGCGCCAACUACUACGACCCUACCCCUCGGUAUGCGCCAACCCGCCCCACACUCGGCAGUCGAGCUUUCUCCCUCGGGUCUGCAGCCUUCAUCCCCGGAUCGCUUGGCUUACCCAAGACAGACUCCUACUCGGACGUCUUCAGUCUCGGUCAGUCUGCCGAAACUACUGGCGUGCACACCCCUUCCAGUGCCACCUUCAACCGACUCCGGUCGGAUGAUGAUAUCUUUCCUUCUCGUUCAGCCUCAUUGAGUCCCACCAAAAGGGAAGUGUCUGCUUCGGGCCCUGCCUACAGCGCGGCCUCUCCAUGGGCCAGGCGAGGGUCUACCCCAGCUGUAUUCUCGGAUACCGACACCCCUCCCCGUAUGCUGUCUCUCUCCAGGCGACUCUCUGAGGCCGGCACGGUACAAGGUCUCGUCAACAAGGCCGAUAUCACUGCCCGAGCUCGGCAGAGGCAGGGGCUCGGUGGCCAUUGGGAUGCGAAUGACCGAAAGAGUAUUCCCGAGCAGAACAGGGUCUUCCUUGAACGGAUCGUGGCUGGCUUGGACCACCGAACGACCGUCAUGAUUAAGGAUGUCCCCAACAAGUUGUCUCGUCAAGAGCUCGUUGAAAUUCUCGACGAAGUUGUGCCCAGCGAGUUUGAUUUUGUCUACCUGCGCUUCGACUUCAAGAACUGCUGCAACGUUGGGUAUGCCUUUGUCAACUUUUGCUCCGUCUCUGCCCUCGUGCGCUUCAUUCAGGCUCGAGUGGGUAAGAAAUGGAACAUGUUCUCGAGCGAGAAGGUAUUGCAAGUAUCUUAUGCCGAUAUACAGGGCAAAGCAGCUUUGAUCAACAAGUUCAAGUAUAUCUCCUAGGUGUGGGAUCACUCUGACUCUGCUGAUCCUCUUCGCAGAAACUCGGCAGUCAUGUCUGUUGUGGAAUCGUGGCGGCCUCAGAUCUUCUACUCGAGCGGUUCCAUGAAGGGACAGCCCGAGCCUUUCCCGGUCCCCGACAAUCUCUCCUUGCGGGAAAGAUCUGGUGCAGGCUUUGCCGGUGAGAAUUUCAAAAUGUCAUGGCCGGAUACAGUUAACAGAAUCAUCCAAGCCCGACACCCAGCCACCUUCUCUGAGAGUCACGAGCGCCCUUACGAAUACGCCCAGACGUGCUUUGACCACGGCUUUUGAACUGAACCAUCGACACGUUACCAUUUGGGUCGCUCACUCUUGAGCCUUGUACUCUUUGUGCAAGCCCCACGAUCUUUUAGGCUUUGAUUAUUCUUUUUCUCUUCAACUUUGCCUGUUUCAACGCUUCCUGUUCGCGUCUAAAAGUCCACAGUGACAAUUUUUAUUCCAGCACAUCUUCUUCUCACUUUACAUUCCAUCAUAGCAUUCAUCAUCCACAACAACACAGCUGCGCUUCAUUACAUCCCAAUUCUACCAGAUACACGCAGGUUGUACUCUACCACCUUUUUCUCCAGCGCGCCCUUGCAUUUCACAUUCUUUGAGCCCAAUUGUAUACACUUCUUUGUAUGACCCCAGCCCCAAGUGGCCACGUACAAGUAUUCAUGAAUGCAUGCAUCUACC